AUGUAUGAUAGGGCUCCUCGCCUACUGAGAUUGGCAGAAGGUGGUAGCACAGAAGAGCAUGUAGGUCCUACAUCCUACCAGGUAUCUUUCUUGAAGAAGCAGGCAACAGAUGGUUAUGCACCCUUUCUUUCUUUGACUGCCAGAGAAAGUACUUUUACUCUUGCCUCUAACAUUGACAAAGUUGCUCCAGGCCCAGGAUAUUACAAUGUUUCAAAAACACAGAAAAUUUCAAGGGCAAUUACAAUAUCCAGAAGAUUUGAAGUUCCUUCAAUUCCUUCUUGUGGACAGUCAUAUGGUUAUGAUAUAAAUGAGGAUGGCAGUAUAAAAAAACAUUUUCCACCUGAUAGUGACAGCACUCUAGGGCCGGCAUACUAUAAACCUCAAUUUAAUUUUUCCAGUGCAACUUUGAAAUACAAAGGAAUACAUUUUGGCAAUUCUUUGGGAAGAUUGCAGUUCCCUGUAAAGACAUGGCCUGGUCCUGGACAGUAUGACAUAGUCCAGAAAAAGGUGCCACGUUAUGAAAACAUUAACAUCAAGAAAGAUCAAAAGCAAGAUUAUUGUUCAUAUCUUCCACGAUUUUAUGAAGUAAUAAUAAUCCAGGAGGAAAAAAAAAGAUUUUUACCUAGAAAGUCUAUCACUCCAGCCCCAGGCACAUAUAAUGAAUAUCGAACUGCUUUCAAGCCCUUGAAGAAAACACCAGCCCUGCAAAAUACCCCAUUUGGUCAAAGUGCUGCUCGAUUCAUGAAAGACUCCAGGACAGAAGAAAUGCCAGGUCCUGGAUUUUAUAAUGUUAUAAAUAAUACUAUAUUUGACAACUUAAGUGAUAACUUCCUGAAGAAACAAGAGAAAGGUGCAUUUGGCUCUUCUGUUCCCAGGACUUUUCCCAUGUUUCAGAAAGAAACAUUCACUACUCCUGGACCUGCUGAAUAUCAGGUCAACAGAAUUUCUGAUGAACUACCUAAUUUGACUAAUCACUAUACAGCUUUCCUGUCAGCAAGAGAAAGAAAUGCUAAACUAUCAGAUUUGGAAAUUCCAGCACCAGGCAGCUAUGAUGUUCAAAAGUCAUAUGAGAUGUCUCAGGUGAAACAAAACUAUAUGCCACCCCGUAAUUUUGCGGCUAGAAUAAGACAUUCUUCCUUUCUUAGCACAACUCCUCGGUGUCUAGGCAAAGUGACUGAAGGGCCAGGGCCUGCAACAUACAACCCCAUUUUAUGGAAAACUUGUUCUAUACCCUUCUGUGUUAAAGCAUCAGAACGUUUCAAAGAGUCCAAAGAGAUUACACCUGGUCCAGCAACAUAUGAGGUUUGUUUCCCUUUUAUUAACAAAAUAGAAUAG